AUGGAGAAGUGGGUGUUGGGCUAUUUGGCUUCCUUAAUGCGAAUGUCCAUUCGAGAACCAGAUAGUAUAUCACUACUAAAAACAGCUCAGAUAAAAAAAUCCACAAUACGUCGCAGUUCAAUUCUGCGGGAUCUGAAAAGAGUGAAAAAUUACGAUCAUCGAAAAGGAGGAGAACAACUAUCUGCAGAAUGUGACUGCACGACAAAAACCAAUGUGAGAAGAUCAUGCUCUUUAACGCGAACAGAGAUUGAAAAAUAA